AUGCGUGAAAAGUUAGAUAGAAGCUUUUCUGGAGGAGAACUUGACGAAGAUGGUUCUGGUUCUGAGAGCGAUGACGAGACUAUCUCCUCGGUCUCAGAUUUACAGUUCUCGGAUGUGGAUAACAUCGUCAUAUCCGAUGACACCAGUGAGCUAGAAGAGGGCGAAGUAUUAGAGAGCGAAGAGGAUGACAGAGACGAAGAAAUUGGUGAAGGUCUUGCCCUUGAUCAAGAAACCUUCAGAAGGCUCAUGGAUGAAGAGUAUGUUAGAAUCGAUCCAGCCACUGUGAAACUACCAGAACAAACACAGUACGUUGAGCCUGUACCUUGUUCGGAUUACCAUAAGUCACGAUCAAAGCCCGGUGAAGUGCGAUCAACUUCCGAGUACGCUCCAGUUUUGGAGACUUUUCGAUCGUUACUCAGAAGUAUUCAACAGAUGCGAAAGGAGCGUACUAAAUUAGAACCGGUUGAAAAGAUUCUAGUCCAUUCAUGUUGGAGAUGUGCCAAAAAUUCUGAAAGGAGUGCUUCUGAAUCCUCCGUAAGCUCGUCGUCUGAAGAGAGUAAUUCUGAUUCUGACGACAACUCUGAUACUGACCUUUCUGAUGUGAGCGAUGAUAGUGACACUGAUGAUGACGAUGGAGGAGACUAUGACUCGGGAAUGAGUGAUGUGGAAAAAAUGAAUACUAGACAGCGUAGCUCAUAUCUCCUGAAAAAACGGCAGCGGGAG